AUGUCAUCUGAUCAGAAGAAAACAACGACAACAUCAAGUGAUGUUACCCCAGGUUUUCAACUUAAUCAAAAAAAGUUGAAAGAACUUGCCGAAAAUGCAAAUGCAAUCAAAAUUGGUGGCAAGGGUACAGCUCGUCGGAAGAAGAAAAUUAUUCAUCGUCCAGCUAAUGCCGAUGACAAAAAACUUCAAAGUUCAUUAAAAAAACUUGCUGCAAAUAAUAUUCAAGGCAUUGAAGAGGUUAAUAUGUUUAAAGAUAAUGGUGAAGUUAUUCAUUUUGCAAAUCCUAAAGUGCAAGCAUCACUUGGUUCAAAUACAUUUGCUAUCAGUGGUCCAUCAGAUACAAAAUCUCUACAAGAAAUGUUACCAACCAUUAUGUCACAAAUGGGUAUGUCAACUGAUAGUGGUUUCGGCAGUGAAUUAAGUGGACGUAAAUUCGGUGGACGUAGUAAUCAACAACACUCAGGAAAUGAACAAAGUGGUACAACAAAUGAACAAGCAGCUGGUGAUGCUGAUGAUGAAGAAGUACCAGAUCUUGUUGAAAAUUUUGAUGAUGUAUCAAAUUCAAAGUGA